UGCAGCCCGGCGCGGGCCUGGGAGCGGCCGGGGACAGCGCGGGCCUGUGUGUCCGCGGCGCCGGGGUUCGCGGGAGCUGCUUGGAGGCUCGGCGGCCGGGAGGAGGCCGGGGCCACGCUUCUUGGAAGCUACUGAGUGACUUCUUUGAAGAACCAUGAAGUCACACUGUAUUGUGCUAGCUCUAGCCUCCCUGACGUUCCUGCUGUGUCUCCCCGUGUCCCAGAGCUGUAACAAAGCACUCUGUGCCAGCGAUGUGAGCAAAUGCCUCAUUCAGGAGCUCUGCCAGUGCCGGCCUGGAGAAGGGAACUGCCCCUGCUGUAAGGAGUGCAUGCUGUGCCUCGGGGCCCUGUGGGACGAGUGCUGCGACUGUGUCGGUAUGUGCAACCCUCGGAAUUACAGCGACACCCCGCCCACAUCCAAGAGCACCGUGGAGGAGCUGCACGAGCCCAUCCCGUCCCUGUUCAGGGCACUGACGGAGGGCGAUACCCAGCUGAACUGGAACAUCGUCUCCUUCCCUGUGGCAGAGGAGCUGUCACACCAUGAAAACCUAGUCUCCUUCCUAGAAACUGUGAACCAGCUGCACCACCAAAACGUGUCUGUUCCCAGCAACAAUGUCCAUGCUCCCUUCCCCAGCGACAAAGAGCACAUGUGCACCGUGGUUUACUUUGAUGACUGCAUGUCCAUACACCAGUGUAAGAUAUCCUGUGAAUCCAUGGGUGCAUCCAAGUAUCGCUGGUUUCACAACGCCUGCUGUGAGUGCAUCGGUCCAGAGUGCAUUGACUAUGGGAGUAAAACUGUCAAGUGUAUGAACUGCAUGUUUUAAAGAGGGGGAAGAAAUGCAAACCAAAGCAGUAAGUCAUGAAGUGUGCAGAAAUCUCGGUUCUGGUAUGCUAGGAGUGUGUUAAGUUAUAUGAUUGUAACUGUGCUUUUUAUGUUUGAUGCCUAUUAGCGUAUGUCUUUUCCAUUGGAUUCAAUAGAACUUUAUUCACAUAAGGAUCAGGGGUUCAGAGGAGUCCUGGUAAAACCUGACAUUCUGACAGAAGGUGCUGUCUUCUUCCAGCUUUCCAAACACUUUUCGUUUUGAACGUGAUAGCACAAGCCUGGUACAUGUGUGGUUCUCACCUGCCAGUUGUAGAACACUAGGUCCCUAUAGUCACACAUCUCUUAAUUGUGCCUUGGCUGGCUUACCUGUUUUAUAUGAGUAAAUAUUGCAGUUUAUAAUUCUAACAACUCACAUUCAAGCCAUGCUGAAACUUAAUUUCAAACCAUUUUACAUUGGUUUUAGAAAGUAAAUAUUUACUAUAUUUUACAACGGAAAAGUUUUGCCUAGGGCCAGUGAACUGACUCAGUGGAUAAAGGCGCUUGCUACCAAGCCUGAUGACCUGAGUUCGAUCCCCAGAGCCCAUACAGUGGAAGGACAGGACCAACUCCUGUGAGUUGUCCUCUAACCUCCAGACAGGCGCAGUAUCAUGCGCAGGGGUGUGCUUGUGUGUGCACACACAUAACUAACUAACUGCUUUUAAAAAUGUAAACCUCUUACACGGUGAAUCUAAAUCUGUCGUGUAGCACUCACACCGACAGUGAUUUGGACGUUAUGUCCCCUCUCCGCCUGUAGUGCUGGUGUGGUGAUACACAGAGUCGUCACUGUUCACUGGUAUAGAAGAGUUUUGUCUACCAAGAGUGUCAUGGCAUACCUUUGGAACUUCAUCAAAUGCACUUGAGGAUCUGGGUCAGGAAGUAGCCAGGUAAAAGCAGCGGGACUGUGGACGAUGCUCCAUUAGACUCCGUGCAGAGCAGCAGGUAGCAGCUGCCCCUUUCCAGGUGCACAGCAUAGCUGGGUGUGAGGCUGACCAGGAGAGGGUCUGACUCAGCACCAGCAAAACAGCAGGGUCCCUAGCACAUGUGGGAAGCACGUGGGAGAGGGUUGAGGAAGGAUGCACAGACGUGGACAGAGAAGGGUAAAAAUGUUGGGAACUCCUAGUAGGGUCCACCUUAAAAUCACUUUAUAGUCACUGGUUUUGUUACUUUGUAAUAUUACAUUUGUUUCUGGAUAUCUGAAUCCAAAUAAGUACCAUAUGUUAAGAAGCUGUAUUUCUGAGACUCCAGGGGGAUCUGUUUAAUGUGGUUACUCCUAGCAUACUACAGGAUUCUCUAGCUAUAUAGCUUCUUCCCUAGCGUUUCCAUAGUGAUGAGCUUCAUUUUGCACACCCUUCCUAGUAAUAAAAGUCCCACCUUCAAGCAUCAAUCAAAAACAAAUAUCUGUAAUACACAGGCUCAAUUUUAUAGAAUUGCUAUUUUCUCUAGUGCAUAUCUCAAUUAAGAGUAACUUUUUAGGAAUAAUCUUUAUAUGGGUACAUAUUUUGGUACAUAAAACAGAAAAUGUUCUUAAACACAUUUUGUAUUCUUAUUUGAAUCGUUAUAAGAUGGUUUGUGUAUCAUGGGUACCCAUUGUAAACCAUGUUCUUCCCAGUAGCUGACGAAUACUCAAGGUAUCACAGCCUUCUAAGAAGCCGACUUAGAACGUGGCUGUACAUGAUUACUAAACAUCAAGGUGUCUUCUCACUUCUACCCAGAGUGCCUCUCUUCAAAGGUGCCUUGGAAACAUUUCAGCCCCUUCCUUCUUAGCUCCCACAGGGCUGUGGGUUUGAAAUCAGGAGGUGUUUUGAAGGAUCACAGCUAGCUGCUCCCUUUCAGCCGCUGAUUCUUAGGAAAGUUUAUGCUCUGACAGAAGAGUGCUUUGAUGGCUUCUAGCGGUGCGUCUCAUCUCAUGUUUUCUUUGUUUUUGUUGUUGCUAUCAUGGUUUGGUUUGGUUUUGAGACAGGAUCUCUGUGCAGCCCUGGCUGGCCUGGAAUGUGCUAGGUAGACCAGGCUGGCUCUCCUCAUGUUUUCUUAAUGAUGGCCAUAAACAUUGGUAAAAUAUGUCACCAUCUUUUAAAAACUUUUCAUUAUUUAAAAUUUACAAUAUAGCAUGUCAUUUUUUACCCUAUACAUUUUCUAUGAAAUAUUUUUUUUGAUGCGAAAAUAAUCAGUUUUAAUUAACAUCAUUUCAUAAAAGAGAAAACAAGCAAACCACACACACUAACAAACAGCCUGGAGAGCUUCCUGAAGAAAUAUAUAGGGAUAGAGACGGACAGGGCUCAGGAAGACAUCUGAACACAGNGAGGCAGCACCCUUCGAGAGUGUUCCCUGACCCAGGGGUGCUUCAGGACCUGGGCCAGGCUCAGCCUCUCUGAAGGAUGGUAUCUAAGAAGCUUGGAGAUCAAGUCCUGGGCUCCUGCAGGCACUGAUGAAGGAAACUUAAAAUCCACCUUGCAGAUGCGUCUAAAUGUCUCACUGGAGGUGCUGCUCUCAAAGGGUGGCUUCCCCACCAGCAGCUCAUAGCAGAGCACGCCAAUGCACCACAGAUCAACCAUCUCAUUGUACGGUUUCUGCUCUAUCAUUUCCGGGGGCAAGUAGUCCAGAGUCCCACACAUUGUCUUUCUCCUGAGGGAGGGGGUAUGCACAGACCACCCAAAGUCUGAGAUCUUCACCUCACCNUUGAGGCCCAGCAGGAGAUUCUCUGGCUUGAUGUCCCUGUGAAUCACCUUCUUCUCAUGGCAGUAGGUCAGGGCAUCUGACAACUCCUGUAUUAUCGUGGCUGUACGCUGCUGGUCCAACUGCUCAUUUCUCUGAAGCUCCUUAUAGAGCUCACCUCCUGGAGCAUACUCCAGAAUUAAGUAUAUCUGAGUGUCAUCGUAGAAGUAGUUGUACAGGCGAAGGAUGUUCGGGUGUCUGGUUGAGCUGCUGGGCUCCAUCUGGCCAGUAGCUCUUACUUGUGUGUGAAGCCCAGCCAGAAGGAGGUGACUCUUCCCUGAACUCUAAAGAGGUGAGGGCAAGUUGAAGUCCUGCUAAUUGCUUAGAUCCUGGAAAAAGGUAGGCGGGUAACGCUCUGACUCCAGUCUCCCCAACCGCCCGGAAUGUCUCACCCACUCUGGGACACACGGGACACACACACUCGAAAUAUUUUUUAAACCACCUGCUUUAACUUUUUUAUUGCCCUGUUUUUCCCAUUAGAAUUGAUCCCCACUGAGGUAAAUUUUAUAAUCAUGUUUUGUGUAUUUUUCCUGGCUCGUCAAGGCUUAUGAAGAAAUAGCAGCCAUUCCCUGACAGGUUUGCGCUCCCACCACAGAGAGGCUGAACAAGAUGAUCAGAGGAUCAAGGCCAGCCAUAGCAAGACACUGCCCUAGAAAGCACAAGUCCUGUGCUCAGCGUUUUGAGUAGCAUUUUAUUCCUAAUUGAAAUUUAAUAUUUCAAAAGCUAGCAGCCUCGCUCAGUCUAGACCUUUCACACCAAUCUAGCAGCGAUGCUCCCGUACUGAGCCUUUGUAAUAGUUUACGGUUCUUCCUCGGUGAAAAAUGAUCUUGUUUUUCUUACAGCCGGAUCCAAAGACACUAGAUGUUAAGGGCUGAGGCUGAAGCCCAGUGACGGGGCGCUCACCUGUCAUGGUGCAGCCCUCAUUCCACCAGGAGCACCAGCAAGAGACAAACACGAGCUUGUGAGUCAGAGGCCGUUAUUAAAUUCAUACACACAUACUCCCUAUAGCGAGACAUGGGCUUAUGGGCAGGCUUUUUUUUUUCAUAACAUUUAUGAGAAAACAAUGUUUUCCCCAUAACAUUUAAUUAGAACUGUAGCUUAUUGGUAAUUAAGGUACAAAAUCAAAGUCGAGUAAAAUGUACUGUUCACACAGCGUGUUGUGAAAGGGGUCCUCACACCAAAGUAAAACUGUAAAGUUUAGGAAAAUAAUAUUGUCAUUAGCAUAUUUGAGCAAAUAUUUGGAAUUUCUAAAAAGCAUCAAAAUAGAAAGAAAGUGAAACUCUGGAGAGUGAGAUGCUGAAGAUGGGCUACGGUUUAAAGGCCCGUACUUAGAGAGCAUCCUUUAAAGACUUUGUUCAUUCCCGAGAGCCUAUGUUGAUUGCAUUUAACAUGACUGACAACUUCUAUAUGUAAUUGUGUACAUUUCCAUUGGUUGUCUCUGUAGUCAAGAAAAAGGUAUUUUAAUAAAAAAUAGAAAUGA